GAUGCGUUUUACCGCUCUACUCUCGCGGGUUUUGCGAAAAGCAAUAUCCAUGGCAACCUCACCACGCCCAGGCAGUUUCGAACCAAUCACGAUCGAGAUACGUUUGUGACACUCAUUUAAAACGGGAAAGUCGUUUUCUGGUUCGACAACAGACGCAUGCAUACUCGCUAAUGCUUGGUGAACUUCUUACAUCUGCUCAACAAACGCAUCAACGGCGCAUCACGCAGAUAUCUUAAUGUAAUUUUAAUGCAUUUUAAUAACUCGUUUGCAUAAUUCCCUUGUGUUGAUCAAAACAAGAUGCCGACCCGCAUUGGUGACUACGAGGUGCUGCACACCAUUGGGUCCGGUUCUUACGGAAGAUGUCAGAAAAUAAGACGGAAAUCUGACGGAAAGGUUCUGGUGUGGAAGGAGCUAGAUUAUGGCACAAUGGCCGAGAGCGAGAAGCAGAUGCUGGUGUCUGAGGUGAACCUGCUGAGGGAGCUGAAGCAUCCCAACAUAGUCAGAUACUACGAUCGUAUUAUCGACCGCAAUAACACCAUGCUGUAUAUCGUCAUGGAGUACUGCGAGGGUGGCGACCUGGCGAGCCUCAUUGCCCGAUGCAUUAGGGAAAGACGCUAUUUAGACGAAAAGUUCAUACUGCGCGUUACAGCACAGCUCGUGUUGGCACUGAAGGAGUGCCACAAGCGGAGUGACGGCAGGCCCACCGUCCUUCACCGGGACUUGAAACCAGCCAACAUCUUCCUGGACGUCAAGCAGAAUGUGAAGCUGGGUGACUUUGGCCUGGCCCGGAUCCUCAACCACGAAACAAGCUUCGCCAAGACAUUUGUCGGAACGCCUUACUAUAUGUCUCCUGAGCAAAUGAACCAGAUGUCAUACAAUGAAAAGUCAGAUAUCUGGUCACUGGGUUGUUUGCUGUACGAACUGUGUGCCCUAUCGCCACCCUUCACUGCCUACAACCAAAAGCAGUUGGCUGUCAAGAUCCGAGAGGGCAAGUUCAACAGAAUCCCGUGUCGAUAUUCAGAAGAAAUAAACACUCUGCUCAAGAAAAUGCUUAAUUUGAAGGACUAUCUGAGGCCAUCUGUGGAAUCCAUCCUCCAGAGUAGCCUUCUGGCUGAAGCAGUCAGUGAAGAGCAGAGGAAGGUGCAGCAUCUUCGCAGGCGGCCGGCAGACUCUGAGGGUGCUUCUCAAAAGCCCACAGAAGUAACACCUUCUGUCACAGAGCUCAGGCUCCGAGAGCAAGCUCUAAAAGAGCGGGAAAAGGCGCUCCAAGAACGUGAGGAGAUGCUGGAACGACGGGAACGUGAGAUGUGUGUCCGUGAGCGCCUUGCGGCUGAGAAACUAUUAAGAGCGGAGAGUUUACUGAAGAAUUUCCAUGCGGAGCAUCAGAGAGAGCAGAACCCUCUUUUUGAUAAAAGCAUAGGUGUGUGGAAGCACUCCUCCCCAGGGUCAAAGAGGGUCCAGUUCGCAGGCCCCAACAAGGAAAACCGUCAGCUGGAUCACUCAGUCACAAUGACACCACGAGAUGACUUCGUCAGUCGACAUGCUCAAAUCUUGACUGAUGUCGAGAAAGCCUGUCAAAUCCUCGGCUUCCGCGUCUAACGGUCGUACGUGAUAAAGUGUAAAUGGUA